AAAGUAUGAUAGUACGCCCCGCCCACAGCAUCAAAAGUGUAAUAGUACGCCCCGCCCCCAGCAUCAAAAGUAUGAUAGUACGCUCCGCCCCCCAGCAUCAAAAGUGUAAUAGCACUUAAUUAGAGCAUGAGAAAAUGAAAGGUCUCCAGGCUACAGGGAUACAUAGUAAAACCGAGGUUAGCCAUAAUGUAUCGUAGUAAAACCAUGAUAAACCAUAGUGGUUUAAGGGUCACUCAGCCAACAGAUAUAACCCUGCUAAAACACAGAGCUUUAACCUGUAAAAAUGGAGUGAUUCAGUGUUAUCUUGUUUAGAAUUUUUUUUUUUUUUUAUAUAUACUAGAAUUUUUUUUGUAGAACGUUAGCUAUCCCUCCAAGUCAACCAAAUUCUCUCUCAACCUGGAAGGUUGCCCCUCUAAGAUGGCGGCGCGGUUGACGUAUCUAUCUACUCCUUUUGCCGGUGCUUUGCCACAGCACCGCGCCUGCUCGUCUCUAUAGCAACAUUAAUAAACUUUUGCUGCUCGGUUAACUCGAUGGUUACUCGGAUACAAAAUGGAGCCUUUAACAGCUUCAUAUUAUGGAGCCUUAGAUAAGACUAACCCUGUCAUUUCUGCUUUUGAGAAGGAUUUGAAAGAGUUUAAAUCGUAUAUGAAAAGAAUUGGUGAUUCACUAACCUUCGACCACUUCUCUUAUUCAAGAGGGUCUUUGAAACUGUUUGACAUCUGGAAGAAAUAUGAACCUCGUCUCCCGAGCCCUUAUUACCAGGAGCAUGUGCUGGACAUCGCAGAUUUUCUUUUCGAGAAUAAAUUUUACAGAUUGGCACUGUGGCAGGGAUACACACGCUACCUACACCGGUUCUCUCCUGCUACCUUGGAGAACAUCAGAGAUGUGGAGCAGUUCAAGCAGACCUUCUUCUCACAUGGCUUUCAUGCUGCAGGAGCAAAGCUUACACUCCGGGCUCUGUAUGGGGAAUGCUUGUGUGCCUUUUACUUGGUACGCGAAAGGUGCAAGCAGCCAGGUUGCAUCGGGGUGCAGAAACUGCUAAGCGUUCUAGCGUUUUUGCGCAUCAUGAUGCAGGCCAUCCUGCCCCACGAGAGCCUGUGCUGGAUGGUGUACAAUGGUUCUUUAUACAUCUACAACAUAUGUAGGUUCUUGAUGUCCAUGAGUCACUCUGCACAGGCUCUGGAGUAUUUACUGUGGGCAUGUGUGUGUCUGGAGACCUCCAUCCCACUGCUAAUUCCCAGUUUCCUGCCCUGGAGAGCAACACUGUACUGUAGUGUUUGUGAAUGUUACUAUGAUGGCCAGGCUGCUGUGCAGGCAGAGGUGUUUGCUAGGCGAGCUCUUGGUAAAAUAGAUGAACUAGGGAAGCUGGAGAAGUUGAGUGGGUUCCCAUCAUCACCGGAGACAAAGCGAGCCUUUAAAGAUGCCACCAUCAAAGUUGCAGUCAUGGUGUUUAAACGCUCAGUGUAUGAAUCUCGGAGGAAACGUAAAGGAUUAUUCAGGUUAAAACAGAAGGGCAAUCUCAGGGAUGGCCAGAAUAAUCCAUGGCCACGUACAACAACUGAGCGCAUCCUGAUGGAGCUGUUUGAAGGAAAUGCUGCUCAGUUCCUGGCAGUGUUGGAGGCUCUGUGGGACAGUUCCCGCAGACCCCUGCAGACUGGCACACCGGAUGACCCUGAUUUACAGGAGGUGGCAUUUGAGCUCAUGUCAGCUGGCAUGAGCAUACUAUCCGGAAAUGGUGGCUCCUCCGAUCGAGUCCGCAAUGACAGCUUGCCUUUAUCUUUGAAUGCCCUCACUCCUACUUGCACCCUCAUGGAGAUGGCAAUAGCUGGGGAGAAUCAGAUUUCAGUGGAUGCUGCAGUGAAGUUUGUGAAGCUGUUGGUUAGAUAUGAACAGUGGGAUCUGUUUUGCAGCCUUUCAGACAACCUUGUGACAGUACUCUCUAGACUGGAGGGACGUCUCUUCCGGAAGGCUGAGUUGGAGCUUACUCUGCUGGAGGCCAUGGAGCGUCUUGUGUCCACUCAAAGACUCCGGCUGGGGACCAAAGACCUCAUGUCUGAGAUUCAAACUGAUAAAGACCAAUCUUUGGGGCUAAUUAGCAUGACAGAUGAGCUCCUAAAUCUGGUCCAGACUCUACAUGUAUGCGUGUGUGAGGCAGCUCAGGACAUCAGACCGGAUGAGGAUCUGGUGCUGGAUAUUGUACUGUUCCUCUGGGCGAAAUGUAAGAUUGUGUUUCAGAGAGCUCAGACCAGACACUAUGACCCAGUAUGCUACAUGGCCAAAAUGGCCUUUCCGGACAAGUGGGUCCAGACUCUGUUCCUUCUGUGUGAGGUGGCUUAUACGUGUCAGCUGGCUGAUAUAGACCCGGUGGCAGUGGCUGAGAUGACUCUUAGACUGGCCUCAGUGCUGGAGGGCCUUGAAGACUUGCCUCCACUGACCAUCCUAACUAAAGACUCAAAUGAAGCCAGCAGUCUACCGUCCACCCCUGUAAAGAAAUCUACAGCCACACCUAGUAUGAACUCACAAGCAGAGCAUCUUGAGGUGGCGUGGACUGUGCUGGAGAAAGGCCUGGAGUGUGUGUCAAGAGGCAGGACUGUAUGUCUCCCUCGUGAUGCCUCUGCCAUCUGUGACACUGUUUACUUACAGAAGUUUAGUGGAGAACAUUUGAGAUCUUAUGGGGAUGGACAGAUGGAGAGUACUAGCAGUUCAUCAUGCAUGAGAUCUCUCUUAAUGGAUAUGCAUAUGGAACUACUGGCUUUCCAGCACAGAGUAUCCCUCAAACUCCUAGAUACCUACUUGGAUGAUGAGAAGCCUGAGAGGAGAAAGAAGCCACUUACGCAAAGUGCACAGUCUACUGCUGUAAAUUUAAAGCGAGCCAGAGCGGAAUGUGCACUGCAAGAGAAGAUUAAGAAGAAUAAAGUCUCCAAAGUUUUGUUUCUGGAGCAGAAAGCCUUACUUUCCUACAGGAAAGAUGCUACUAACAGAGGCACCAAAAAGCUUCUUGAGGAGGCUUUGGCAUUACUGGAGAAAGCAGGUGUUGAUGAGAAGCGGCUGGUCAGUGCUGCUACUUCUGCAGAGAUGGGAUCAGGAGUGGAAAAAGAGUGUAGACCUCCUCCGCCUCCUGUGCUGCUGUCACGUAGCAACCAAUCUUUAACUUUCACACCAGCGCCAUACGUGCUAGAGGAGCAGGUUUGCUGGUAUCGUAUUUAUGGACGAGAAGUCAAAGGCGUCAACCUGAAAGUGCGGAUUGGAGACUGCCACCUGGUUGGCACUGGUGAAACGAUUCCUUCUAGAGGAGAACGCUUGUUUUGCAUAAGUGGCCUGGAGCCCAACCAGAAGUAUAUCUUUGCUGUGGCAGCCUACGAUGCUCAGGGCAACCUGAUUGGAAGCAGUAUUGGAAAUACCACCAGGCCAGUUCUGGCCUCCCUCCCCCUGCCUCUGUUGACAGCCUGGACACAUCUGGCUCGGGUGGCCUACGAAACAGGCCAAUAUGCACUAGCCAAGAAAGCCUGCAGUGAGAUUUGGAGCCACUUUACCCUGCCGUCAGUCACAGAUUCUGGAGCCUCUCAGGAACCAGUGGAUGAGGAAGCUCCUCAGGGGCUUGUCCAAACAAAAUUGUGCCCAGAGACAUUGCAGCUCUCCUCUCCUCUACUACAGCAGCUUUUCCUCACCACAAUCUUUAUGCAGACUGACAUCCACAUCCAGGAGAGAGCACUAUAUUGUGACACCCUCAGUGAUGGAAGCCCUUUGAUCUGGGGACAGGAGGCUAGACUUGCAGAGUGUGAAAGGAUGCUUGUGGCCAUAGAUCUGUCUCUACAUCUCAAUGAUAGCAGUGCUGCUUUGCAGGCUGUAGUGAGUUGCUAUGGCCUCCUGGUACCUCUUAUCUUCUAUCAGAUCCCAUCACACCCUGUGAUUCAGGUGUUGUUGAAGUGUCUGAUGGUGCUGCAAGAGAUUCCAGCUGCAUUCAAACAGAAAAGGCGUGUAACUACUACUGAAUCACUAUAUCAUAUGGUGGCCUGCAUCAUACACUAUGUGGCCAAGGGCUUGCAAGCCUUGAAAGAGGACUGCAUGGCAUCUUCAGUGAUGGAUCAGGGCAAACAGCUCCUACUGGAGAUGAGUGAGAGUCUCCAGCAGCAUGAUGGGGUACCCCAAAAGAAGGCAGUGGCUGCACAGGAGGGUGAAACUAGUGAGGAGUUGAAGGCUUUGGCAUGUAGUGCUUUGAAGCAGCAUGAAAAAAUGGGAACACUUGUAAACUGUGAUAAUCCAACCUGGAACGGAGAAGCAGACUAUUAUGAUCAUGACCUCAGUGGAGAAGAGGACCCCAAAAUUCUGUACAAGGUCAUUGGUUCCAGCUCCCUCAGGAAUGCUUUCAAAAACGUAAUGAAGUUUAAACAGGUGUCUUGCUUCAUGGAGUAUGCUGCACUCCUGUUGCAGAAAGCUUUGCAAGAGGAUCAGUUGGAACUGCUAAUACAGUGGGGACAAGAAAUCUUCAGCUGGAUUAAGAGCCGAGAUGAAAGUUUGAUGUUGCCAAAGAAGCCUAAUGGGAAAUUAAGGAAAGAUCAGAAGACAUUCACGAUAUCUAUCAUACAGUAUUGUAAUAAAAUAAACAGAUUUUACAAAAAGAAGAAUGAGUUGCAGAAGAAAUCAAUUUCAAGCUCAGAAGACUCUGAGAGAGAGUUCAAGGCGGUGGAGACAAUGAUGAAACAGGUGGGUUCAGUGAGAAGGCACCAGAAGCAGAGGGUGAUGAGGAAGGUCUGCUCAGACGAGUUGCCCUGGCGAUGCCGCGCCAACCUGACGCUGGCUCAAGCACACUUGGGUCUGCUGAGAAAGAACUUACACCUUCACCCUGUAACACCUCUCCAGCACUGUUACAGCAAGUUACCUCUGCACUUCUUCUCCUUGGCCCAUACUGGAACACUAGUGAAAUGGAAAAAUAUUUCCCUACACACCAAACCUCCUGAGUUGAGACCUUCAAUCCUCAAACCCACCAUUCACAAAGGAGCACCAAACAUCAGUGGAGAGGGAUCUGGGGAAAGUGAAGUGGAGAGUGAGUUGGACACUCCACGUACACAACUGACCAUUGAUUCAGAAAGCAGUGAAACAGCUGAAACUUCUACACGCCACAUCCUCUUUAAGCCACUGAACACAAUCUACAAGGCCUCACUACACCUCAGGAGAGCCAUGGUUCUGGCCUAUCGUGGAAGUCUUUGGACAUCUCUGCAGUGGGUGUGUGAGAUCCUCUGGGACCAGUUCAGCACUAUUGCAUUUCUGGUGGAAUGUAGACAGAGCUCUGAGACUCCCAGCACACUGACAGUAGAUCAGUUCUACACAGAGUUCACACCCCUGCUGGCUCUGGCUUCAGAGCUGCUCAUGGAUAUGAUGGAGAAACUACAGCAGUGGAAGGCAUAUGAUGAGGAAGGUGAAGAUCUGGAGGCCAGGCCUCUGAAUGAUGGAGUGCUGGUAGAUCUGAAGUGGAUGAAGAAUUUGGUGUUGCACACAUUGGAGCUCCUCUUCUACCAGGCCAAAUGGGAAACUCUUGCCCAUCUUGCUUUGCUAUACAACUGUUAUACACGGGAACACUACACUCAUAUGAUAACGCCAGUACUGGUAUAUGCUCAGAGAAGACUGCUGGAAAGAAUAAGCUACUUUGGAGGCCCUUCAGUCCCUCAGCCACACUUCACCUACACAGAGUCCGUUACUGGAGAAAAGGUGACCUGUAGGAACUAUUCAGGCAAGCAGCUGCUCUUACGUUCCAGUGUGGAGGAUUGGCGUGAGAAUACUGCAAGCAGUGCUGCCUCAGAACCUCUGGAGGUGGCAGAGAGGGAAAGAGCUAUGUGUGUGGUUUCUGUACCGCUGGACAUUGAUGACACCCUGCGCUGCUUCAGAGAGUCCCUGGCCAAGAGACGUUACACACUUCGUGCCUUCCAGCACAGCCGCACACUGCUCAUGCUUCUGCUAGCUGAUGCACAGCACUCAAUAGAGGUGCCAUUCUGUAAGGAGUCCUAUCCUGGCUCAGAGGGCAGAGUGGAGUUUAACAUAGCAGCCAGCAGUGCCCCGUCCAUCGGUCCUCCAGACCUGUCCAAUGAAGACUACAACUCUGUGGGCUCUGUGUACAGCUUGCCCCUGUCUCCCUCACACAUCCAGACCAUCCUGUCCUCCUAUAACAGCUCUAUCAAAUACCUUCAGGCAAAUAAAUAUAACUCCCUGCAAAUUCAAGCUCUGCGUGACCUUGGGAAUCUGCACUUCUACAAUGGAAAUCCAAAGGCUGCUCACUCAAAUUGGAGCAAGGCUCUGGACUGCUCCCUGCAGACCACUAAUGUGCUAGAAUCCUGGGAUGGUGAUUCAUGGGGCCAUAACUCCUCUGAACAGCCCCUGAGGCAUGCUGGGAUAUGGGGCUGUCUCCAGGGUGCAUUGCUGUCUGCGAAAAUUGCUCAGUAUAUCUUAACAUCUAACAUAAGCCAACGAACAAAUUGCUGCCUUCUCUCUGCUAAGCUCUUUAAGUGUCUGUUGAGGGCGUCCCUGCCUCAUCCUGAUAAUGAUUUGGAAUACUCUUCUUACACGCUGAAUACGGCGCUCAUCCCUGGGGUGAAUGUGUUCUGGUCAGAGUCGGACCAGACUCUCGUUGGCAGCACUGUGGCCACCCUGGGCUUUGUGUGUCACUGGCUCUACACCUCAGGACAUCACCUCUCAGCACUUCCUCUUCUGGUUCUCUACCAAUAUGUAGCCAGCAAAGUGUGUCAGCAGCCCCAUCUCUCUGCAGGAUGCAGAAUAAUGAAGGUAAAGACGCUGACUGAGCUGUGCCUGUUUGCUGAGGCAGUGAAAGAGAUACACAGUCUAGGUGAUGGAGAGGAAGUCCCCCUGCCUCACAACAGCUACACUAGAGCAGAGAAAGCUUCGACAUGGAAGAAGUUCAGUAAUUAUAAACCUCUCAUGGAUCCUUAUAAUCUUGAGGUUCUGGAGGAGCUGGUGAACAAGAAACUCAGUGAAGACAUCGUGGCUUUGUACGGCACCAAAUUGACCUGCCGACUGCAUCUGGCCAGGCUUCAGCUCAUCUUGGCCAUGUGUAGUACGAUUCAUGACCUAGCUGAGCCAAUUUCAGAGGUUUUGGAGACACAGGUGAGGAGCUCCAGUACUCCUAGACUGCACGAGUCCAGCAGAGACGAGUCUCCCAGCGGCCCCUCCUUGAAGAGUGUGAAACCCAAAGGCCUGCAGUUCUGGCUCCAAAAAGACACACUUACUCCAGGACAAGUCAAGGCUUUGCUACUAAAAGAGAGCUUCAGCCAGCUCAACUCUGAGCUGUUUGCACUUCAGCACAUCCACACAGACCCUGAGGAGCUGGAGCUGGCUGUGGAGAUCAGACUGAUGCUGUCCAGUGUCAACCUGCAGCAGGGCAAAGCUGCCUCCAGUGCAGAUCAGGCGGCAUCUGCUCUCAGGUUACUGCAGGACUCACCAUUGCUCCAGAUUGACAGUCUCCAACAGCUGCCCCCCAGACGCCCAUCUUCUGUGCAUAAGCAGUCCAGUACCAGAGCCGAACAUGAGCAGCUGUAUGAGCCAGAGGCAGAUACCGGGCCUCAGCUAGGAGACAUGCCGGUAGCAGUGGAAGCUUUAGAGCACAUGGGUCGCUCACUAUGGCUCCGCUGCACACUGUCUGUGGUCCAGAGCCUCACUGCACACAUCCCUGGCACUGCCAUCUACCCAGGUGUGGACAGUAGUGUGGAGGCGGACAGGUUGAUAAAACAAGGCCUAGCUGAGGCUGAAGCCUGGGGAGACCCAGACACACAGGCUCUACUGCUCCUGCAGGGGGUCACGUUGAACACACACUGUGGUAGAGUGCCGGAGGAGAGCGUCUCCAUGCUGCAGGAGACAGUAAGUCUGCUGUCUGGCCGUAGUACCCUUUCCAUGCAUUCUGGUCUGUCACUUGCUAAGGCUACUCUGCUGCUGAGUGAACUGAGGGGCUCAGAUGGUCAGCCGCUUUACUUGCUCACUCAGAAACUACUACAGCAGCAGCUGAAGACACUGGGGGAGUGUGUUGUGCAGAAGGCAGGGGGAGGACUGCGGCUGCUCUCCACUCCAGCUUGGAGGAAUAUUUACCACCCACAGCUCCCUCUACUGGCCAAGACAACCAUGCGUUUGGGUCAGUGUUUGGCCCUGCAGGCCAUGGUGAGCUCAUCAGAAAAAGAUGAACAACACUCAAAUCUGUGGUUAUUGGCUCAGGAGGAGCUCCACUCUGCACUCAUCAUCUCACGAGCCUUGGCUAGCAGGGACCCCCAGCUUGAGGCUGAUAUCCUGUACCUCAAAGGAACUGUGGAGAGGACCCUGAUGUCACUAGGCACACUCAGACAUCAGACAGUGGUAGAAACCUUCCUGGAGAGCAUCAGACUGGCUCAUUCUCACAGCCACAGUCUGCAGUUAAUCCACAUGUGCUAUAUGGAGAUAGCUCUAAUAUACCUGCAGCAGUGGCAAAAUACCACCACUGACCUUGCCGAACCUCCACUACCUACAGAACCUGCUGAAUCAGAUGAGUGCUCAGACUGGACUCAUGUGACACAGAGUCACUUACUUCUUUUCUGGGUUUGUCUGAGAGCUGCUGCAAGGACAAUGGAAGUGCUCACAAGCCAUGGCCAGUUGUGUGGCAUCACUACAGCAACAGAAGGCCCAAUUCCUCUUCUAUCUCUCAAAGCUCUCGCUGAUUUUGCCUCCAAUGAUCUACUCAGUCCUUGCGGUGGCAUGGCGGAGCCCAUGUUAGUUCACCACGGUUCUGCUCCAGAUAUGGACAUUGGGCUGAAAGUCAAGAGAUGCUCUGAGAUCACCUGGGUGCACCUCUCCCGCUACUAUACACAACUGCUCAAUCUGAGACACAUCUCCACACAACCAAUGGCAGGGCAGAGUGUGGAGGAGUUUAUGUCUCCAACUGCUGAUUCGAAUUUAACUCUCAAACUCACUCAGUUACACAACUUCUUCAGUGAUCACCUAGCAACUUACAAAGAGCAGUGUGUUAUACCUGAUCCUCCAUAUGCCCUCAUUCUGGGGCCUCAGACUAUACAGAUGGUGUCAGACCUGUGUCCAUGGGCCACGCUGAACACACACCGGCUCUGCAUUCAGUGGCAUCGACCCAGACUAGCAAGCAGUGGACUAGCAGCCAAAACGAUAAUGCUGGUCUUUGCGCUGAAUAAAGCACCGAUGUCUGACACACAGCCUGCCGCUGACAUAAAGGCUGGACACAGGCUUAUCUCUACAGACAGUUUGAAAGCUCUGCAUGUCCAGCUGAUCUCAGUGUGUGUGGAGGCCAAGAUGGAUUCGAGUGUGUCUGUCUCUUCUACACCCAGAAUGACCACCUCUGUCAGCUGCAUACAGGAGAGUGAGCAUGGCAGCAGGACCCCUGUUAAAGCCAGCACCAGCAGACAACCACAGAUGCUGCUGGAGAAAACCAGGCAUAUCUGUACUGAGAUAAGAAAUCUUCUGAAGCCUGAUUUAAAAGCAAAUCCCAUCACAAAGGUACCUUUUGAGCCAAGUGUUCAGAUCUUGUGCGACCUGGAGUGCUGCUUUAACCCUUCAUCAGGAGCCACUUUGGAGGACAGAGCACUAAGUGACUGGCUCUUCUCUCUUCUCACCUGACACUACAACAACUCAAAGACACCAAAGAGGCAGCUGUCUUAAGGGAAUGCUCUAGUGUUUUUCAAACUUAUCUCUAUCUACUGGAUCAAAACUCGCAACUCAUUUUAUCUACUGGAUCAAAACUCAUCUAUAAAUGUUAAACAGCUUGUCUGUUAACUCCUUUUCUCAGUACAGAGGAACAUCAAAGUUUUUGUAUGUGGUAA